GCGGUGUGCAGUUAUGGACCGAGAAGCUGCCUUGAGCCACGACACUGCCCAGCCUCAGGAUGGAGAGCCGCCUGCGGAGUCUCCAGAGCCUCCGCUGCCGUGGCCGCCGCCGCCGCCGCCGCCGCCGCGUUUUGCUCCGUCGCAGACUCCUCCACCACUCCAAGAGCCUUCGCCAGAACCUGAACCAGAGCACUGUCCAGAGCCUGCUCCGGAACCCUGUCCAGCGACAACCUCAGAACCAGCCACAGAACUAGACGCAGUACCCACCCCAGAACCAGCCACAGAGCCGGCAACACAGCCCGUGCCAGAACCAGCUCCAGAGCCGGCCCUAGAGCUGCCCCCAGAACCUGCCACACAGCAGGUCCCAGAACCUGCGACGCUGCUGGCUCCAGAGCCGGUCUCAGAAACUGUCCCAGAGUCCUGCCCUGAGCCGUCUCCAGUGACCUGUCCGAAGCCGAGUCCUGCACCAUGUCUAUUGCAGUAUCCAGCGGUCCCUCCAGAGAGGGCUCUGAAGACCUCGCCACUGCCAUCGCCCCGAACGUGGUCCCGGUUAAAGAAGAUACUGAAGGAAGGACCACUGAUGAAGAACUGUAACUCCUUUAAGAGAUGGAAGCUUAGAUACGUUAUGGUUCAAGGGCGGCAACUCUACUUUGCACACCAUUCCUCGUUUGUUCACUUUGAAACAAUUGAUCUGUCUCAGGUCACCUUGGCAGAAACCAGCUGCAGAAAUCUUUGCCACAGUUUUUGUCUUAUCACACCUCAACGAAGAGUCACCCUGGCUGCACCUGACAGAAAAGACAUGGAAGAAUGGAUCAACAUCAUAAAAACUGUCCAACAGGGAGAAAUUUAUAAGAUACCAGCGGCAGAAAACAACCCCUUCCUUGUUGGAAUGCACUAUUGGUAUUCCAGCCACAGUCUACAUACUCAGCACUGCAACAUUUGUCGAGAGAGCAUUCCUGCCUUAUCGAGAGAUGCCAUUAUCUGUGAAGUGUGCAAAGUGCAGUCUCACAUGUUAUGUGCUUUGAGGGCAAACAAAGACUGCAAAUGGAAUACCUUGUCUGUCACUGAUGACCUCCUCCUGCCUGCAGAUGAAAUACAAACCAUGCCCCAUCAAUGGGUAGAAGGCAACAUGCCUAUAAGCUCUCAAUGUGCAGUAUGUCAUAAGAGCUGUGGCAGUUAUCAAAGACUUCAAGAUUUCCGCUGCCUGUGGUGUAAUUCCACGGUGCAUGGUGACUGUCGCAGAUGGUUUUCCAAGGAAUGUGUCUUUGGAAAUUACCGUUCAUCGAUAGUCCCUCCCACUGCUCUCAGCGACCCCAAAGGUGAUGGCCAAUUAGUAGUGUCUUCAGACUUCUGGAACCUCGACUGGUCAUCUGCCUGUUCAUGUCCCUUGCUCAUCUUCAUCAACUCCAAAAGCGGCGAUCAUCAAGGGAUCGUAUUCCUCCGAAAAUUCAAAGAAUACCUCAACCCAUCUCAAGUGUUUGACCUAUCGAAGGGUGGACCUGAAGCAGGGCUGCACAUGUUCAAGAACUUUGCUCGUUUUCGUGUUCUGGUUUGCGGUGGGGAUGGCAGUGUGAGCUGGGUCCUGUCCCUGAUUGAUGCCUUCGGAUUACAUGAGAGGUGUCAGCUGGCAGUCAUCCCACUUGGAACUGGAAAUGAUCUGGCCCGUGUCCUGGGUUGGGGUGCAUCCUGGAACAAAAACAAAUCACUGCUGGACAUCCUCUACAGAGUAGAGCGGGCAAGCAUGAAAAUUCUAGACAGAUGGAGUGUGAUGAUCCGCGAGACUCCAAAACAACCUCCGUUGCUAAAAGGACAGGUGGAAAUGGACAUACCACGAUUUGAGACUGCUGCCAUCCAGCACUUAGAAUCUGCAACCACUGAGCUGAACAAAAUCCUGAAAGCCAAGUACCCUACAGAGAUGAUCAUUGCAACCAGAUUCCUGUGCUCAGCAGUAGAAGACUUCAUGGUUGAUACUGUGAAGGCCUGGACUCAUAUAAAACAGAGCAAUACAGCAGUAGAGUCUGUGAUUUUGAAAAGUGACUUAAUGUAUGAUAAGCUCAGUGCUGUGAUUGAUAUCCUGGCUGAGGAGGCAGCGGCUACCUCAGUUGAGAGAAGUGCUACAGUGCAUACAGACAGUGGCAAGGCAGAUGGAAAGCCCUUCAAAACUCAAAUAGACCACGUAGCCAAGAGCAAGUCGGAGCUGGCCACAAAGGCCCAGAAUCUCCAGAAGUCCUUGAAACUCAUUAUAUUCCAGGUUGAACAAGUUCUGGAUGAGGAAAGCAGACAGACAAUAUCAGUUAAGAACUUUACGUCAUCUUUCUUCCUGGGAGAUAAUGAUUCAGAGGAUUCUAACCAGAUGAGUCCAAGACACCGUUCUCGCCGUGCCACUUUGUCUUCUAUAUCUUCUCUCAAAAGUGAAGACCUAGAUAACCUUAACUUGGAAUAUUUAUAUUUUACACCUGAAAUGAUGCACUUCAAGGAAAAGUGUGUCAUGAACAACUACUUUGGAAUUGGAUUGGAUGCUAAAAUUUCUCUGGAGUUUAAUACCAGAAGAGAAGAAAACCCCAAACAAUACAAUAGCCGCUUUAAGAAUAAGAUAUGGUAUGGCCUUCUGGGAAGCAAGGAACUUUUGCAGCGCUCUUACAGGAAACUGGAAGAACGAGUCCACCUGGAGUGUGAUGGAGAAGCCAUCCCCUUACCAAACCUGCAAGGCAUUGUUGUGCUCAACAUUAACAGCUAUGCUGGAGGUGUCAACUUCUGGGGUAGCAACACAGCAGCCACAGAAUAUGAGGCUCCUGCGAUAGACGAUGGAAAACUGGAAGUAGUAGCAAUCUUUGGCGCCACACAGAUGGCUAUGUCCCGUAUCAUCAAUUUACAACAUCAUCGCAUUGCCCAGUGCCGUGAAUUGAUGAUAACUAUUGAUGGUGAAGAAGGUAUCCCUGUUCAGGUGGAUGGGGAGGCCUGGAUUCAGAGGCCAGGUCUUAUCAAGAUUAGAUACAAAAAUGCUGCCCAGAUGCUGAUGAGAGAUCGGGACUUUGAGAACUCAUUGAAAAUGUGGGAGAGCAAACACACUGAAAUUCAAGCUGUACCUCAACCCCAGCUGGAUUUCCAGGAAUCUCAAGAGAGCCUCUCUGAUGAGGAGUGUUCCCAGAUGCAGCACUUAGCUCGACUUGCAGAAAGCCUCAUUAGCAAACUUAAUGACCUCAGCAAGAUCCACCAGCACAUGUCUGUCCUCAUGGAUUCUGUGAAUGCUAGUGUGAACAUCCUGAACAAUAUAUUUUACGGCCAAGACAGUGACCAUGGGGCAGGUGCAGCUUCUUGUAUUCCCACUGAGACUCUAAGCAGAAAUGAUGCAGUAGAUAUUACAUUUAGUCUUAAAGGGCUCUACGAUGACACCAAAGCUUUCCUGGAUGAAAACUUGUUGAGAAAUGCUGAGGAUGAAGCCACACUACAAACUGUUCUGGAUGCUCUGAACGAGGAGUUUGAAAAGCUAUCAGAGAUCAACUGGAUGAAUUCAAUCAUAUUUCCAGAGGAAAAAUCUUCAGAUGCUGACAGCAGAAGCCUCAGGUUGAAAUUUAAGCUCCGCAAGUUGGGAGAAAAGAAAUUGCAAGAGGAAUACAAACCUAAAUCAGGCCGAAGAUUCCACCAUUUUAUUGGUAAUUUGUGGCAUCGGAGGAGUCAUGAAGAUGAAGCAAAGGGUGAUGAUCCUUCAACACCAUCAAUAUCUCAACAUUAGCCCUUGAAAGCUGGAAGAACUCACAUUUUAGAAUUCUACUAAAAACACUCAAAACCCUAAUACAGGCUGGAGUACACUAUUUCACAACAAGCAUGAGCACCACCAAGAAAGACCUUCCAGUUCUUUAAACCAGUACAUUUCUCCUGAACUUAAUCAAAUCUCCUUAGAGGUUUACAUGUUUCCA